AUGAAUAGGAUCCCACUAUACUUCAAAGUACCGGCGGGUGUCAUUCAUAGAAGAAUUUAUGGGGCAGCACAAUUUUACCGCUCAGUCGUGGGCCGAAGAGGUAUCGCAAAAGCUUCAGAGACUGAUAGGAUCACUCUUUCUGAUAUAGAUUUGGUGGUUGAUACAAAACCGAAACCAAAAUUCAAGAAAACGGCAAAAAAGGUUAAAGACAUAUCUCUUAAAAAUGAUAAUGAAAAUGUAAUUGCUGAUGAAUACACUCAUACUAUCCCGGAUCGUGGUGCAGUGACAAGCGACAAUUCGUUGACCGACUUCUACUUGGAAAUGAAAGAGGUAAUAGAUAAAUAUUCUCACAGAAUUGAGGGAGAAUAUGUUGUAUUGAUACAAGUUGGAUCGUUUUAUGAACUCUACUUUGAGCAGGCCGAACUUUACGCUAACAUUCUAGGAUUGACAUUGACCAAAAAGCGGUUGAAACGACAGAAUGUAUCGUUUGCAGGAUUCCCUGAUUAUAAGUUGGAGAAAUAUCUACAGAUCAUUUUUUCUGAAGGUCUUAGAGCAGUUAUCUGCGAUCAAAAGAAACUAGAUUUCAGUAAUGUCAUUUGUCGGCCAAUUGAUCGCUUAGUAACACCUGGAACUGUGAUUGAUGAUGGCCUCAGAGAUUAUCAUAGAAAUAAUUAUCUUUUAGCUAUUUCGUUUCCAGAAGAUCCCUUCAAAGGUGAUAUUCUCAAUGGAAAGAUAGGACUGGCUUGGUGUGAUGUCACUUUAGGAUCAUUUUAUGUUCUUGAAACAAAUUUUGAUGAUUUAAUGGCUGCGAUUACACGUAUCGACCCAUCGGAGAUACUGGUCAACAGUAAUUUUGAUAUCGACCAGUUGAUGAGUGGCCGUGAUAUACCCCAAUAUGCUGACUUGAGACAUUAUUAUCUUACCAGGUUCAAUGUUCCCACGAAAAGGAAGCAUAUUGAAGAGUUUGCUGGCCGGUUUUCCGAUAAUAAGAAAUUAGUAACUUCAAUGAUGGAUGAGCUCAAGUCAAAAGAGUUAUCAGCCUCUAAAUUAUUACUACAUUAUUUGGAUGAAUGCCUCCCCAAUUACAAUACUAGUUUCCAUCUUCCAACGAGAUCUUUUCCAAAUAAGAUCAUGCAUAUAGAUCCGAGAGCUGCUCAGGACCUAGAAUUAACUGAAACUAUAAGAGACAGACUAAGGGUUGGAGCUUUAGCAAGCAUAAUAGAUAGAACCGUGACAGCUCCAGGUGCACGAGCAUUAAAUAGCUGGAUUCUUAUGCCAUCAACGGAUAUAUCUGUGAUUAAGAAGCGUCAGAAAUAUGUGAGUAUGCUGAUCAAGUACGGAGAUUUCACAGAAGAACUGGUUAUCAUUUUGAGAAAGACUUCUGACAUCAGCAGAAUUAUUCGCCGUGUUGAUAAUAAUAGGGCUGAAUUGAGUGAGUACAUCGAUCUCUCCACCACUAUAUUGUUGUUGGAAGAGAUAUACAAACGGGCUAAAGAGUUUUCCGAGCUGCUCGGCCUUCUUUUCCCUCUAUAUGAAGAGUUCAAUAAGACUCCCGAAUUUCAUAAACUUGCUCUCUUGAUAAAAAAUACCAUCGAUCCUCUGGUGUGCUCGAAGAUCGAUACAAGAUAUAAUAGGUUUAGAUUGGAUACUGAUAUUACUAGGAAGACCUGGAGUAUUCAACCCGGAGCCUCUCAGAGAUUGCAUACGCUCCGUAAUAAGUAUGAUGGAUACAUGAAGGAUUAUGAUCUCAUGAUUCAGAAAUUGAAAAUUCAACUCGAAGAUUUUGGUUAUACAGGAAACUUGGAAUUAAUCAGACAUUAUAGAACCGGUGAAUUUUUAGUCGAAUUGAAAUCUUCUAGCAAAGCCCUUUCAUGCGUGGUAGAGAAAUCGUUGUACAAGCACAAAGAGAAGACUAAAUCAUCCGUCAAGUUGUUUGUACCAGAAUGGGAGCUAUUGGGUAAGAAAAUGAUUAAACUAGAAGGUGACAUUGUUUUGGAGGAGUCUGUUGUUAUGAUUGACCUUGAAAGAAAGAUUUUCAGUAUGGCAGAGCCGUUGAGAAAUGUAUCUCCGAUUAUCGAGUUUCUGGAUACGACUCAGUCAUUUGCCAAUAUGGCUAAGGAGAAAAAUCUUGUGUGUCCAAUUGUUGAUAAUUCGACUGAAUUUGAUGUUGUCGAUGGGAGGCAUUUGGUUGUGGAAGAGGGUCUUAGAGGUCGAUCGUCAGGAGUGGAGAAUUUUACUUCAAAUUCUUGUCAUUUGGAUAGCGGUAAGGCUUGGAUAAUCACCGGUCCAAAUAUGGGUGGUAAAAGCACAUUUUUACGCCAGAACGCGUUGAUUGCGAUUCUUGCUCAGAUGGGGUCUUUUGUACCUGCUACAUCUGCUCGAAUCGGUAUCAUUGAUAAAAUUUUUACAAGAGUUGGGUCUUCUGAUAGCAUCUUCAAGAAUCAAUCUACAUUCAUGGUAGAAAUGAAUGAGACGGCCAUCAUUUUAAGAGAAUCUACAGAUAAAUCAUUGGUUAUUGUUGACGAAUUGGGCAGGGGUACCUCCACGCAAGAAGGAGUAGCUAUUGCUUUUGCUUCGUUGCUAACAAUGGUAAAAAAGAAUCACUCAAAAGUACUCUUUGCUACACAUUUUGGCCCUGAACUCUCCUCUAUGAUAGAUUCAUGUUCAGACCUAAACGAAGGCACAGAGUUUUAUUGUACAGAGCUUAAGAGCAUUGCCACUGAUGAUAUUCCCAUUGAUGAAAGAAUCAUUUUCAAUCAUAAGCUCAAAAAAGGACUAAGUAUGUACUCACAUGCAUUAGAAAUUGCGCAGUUAGCAGGAUUUCCUAAAUCUACCCUCAGGAUAGCAAAAGAAAAUCUACCGGAGAAUUAUAUUAAAUAG